GCAGACUAUCCGGUGGGAGUAACAUCUCGUGUGCAAAAUGUGAUCAAUCUAUUGAUUGAACAACAAUCAAAAGAUGUUUUACUUCUUGGGAUAUGUGGCAUGGGAGGACUUGGUAAAACAACCAUUGCCAAAGCUCUUUAUAAUCAACUUAGUCGCAAAUUUGAUUGCAAGUGCUUCCUACUAAACAUCAGGGAAGUUUGGGAGCAAGAUAAUGGUCAAGUUUCUUUACAAGAUCGUCUCCUUUCUGAUAUUUACAAAACAACAAAGAUACCGAUACGUACCACUGAAUCAGGAAAACUUGAAUUGAAGAAUCGACUUUGCCACAAAAGGGUACUUCUUGUUCUUGAUGAUAUAGAUAAAGUGGAGCAAAUGAAUGCAUUGUGUGGAAGUCAUGAAUGGUUUGGUUCCGGAAGCUGUAUAAUCAUCACAACAAGAGAUGAGCAUCUGGUUAAAAUGCGUGGCAUUGAACCUAUAAUUUAUAGAUUGGAUGAAAUGGAUGAUAGUGAAGCUAUUGAGCUUUUUAGUUGGCAUGCAUUCAAGCAAGCAUAUCCAGACACAAAUUUUUCUGUCCUUACUAAAGAUGUAGUUGCAUAUUCUUCUGGACUGCCACUUGCUCUUGAAGUUCUUGGGUCCUAUUUGUGUGAUAGGGAAAUCGAAGUGUGGAAGAAUGCUUUGGAGAAACUUAAAAGGAUUCCCAAUCAUAAAAUACAGGAGAAGCUAAGAAUAAGUUUUGAUAGUCUUAGUGAUGAUACUGAGAAAGAGAUAUUUCUUGAUAUAGCAUGCUUUUUCAUUGGGAUGGACCGAAGUGAUGUUAUUCAGAUAUUAAAUGAUUGCGGACUUUUCGCUGAAAUUGGAAUCAGUGUCCUUAGAGAGCGAAGCCUUGUAACUGUUGACAGCACAAACAAGCUUGGAAUGCAUAAUUUGCUAAGGGACAUGGGAAGAGAAAUAAUUCGCGAGGAAUCACCAGAUGAACCUGAGAAGCGUAGUAGAUUAUGGCUUCAUGAGGAAGUCCUUCAUGUAUUAACAGAAUACAAGGGAACUACAACUAUCACAGGACUGGCUUUGAAGUCACCAAGGACGAAUCCAAUUUCAUUAAGCACAAAGGCAUUUGAAGAGAUGAAUAAACUCAGAUUGCUUCAGCUCGAAAAAGUACAACUUGAUGGAGAUUUCAAAUAUAUUUCUAGAGAUCUUAGAUGGAUGAGUUGGCAUGGAUUUCCUUUGAGUCACAUUCCUAAAAGCUGCUGUCAGAAAGGUUUAGUUGCCAUUGAGUUGGAAUAUGGCAAUCUCAAAAUAGCAUGGAAGCAGGCUCAGUUGUUGAAUAAGCUGAAAAUUCUGAAUCUCAGUCAUUCUCAUCAAUUGAGAGAAACUCCAGACUUUUCAUACUUACCUAACCUUGAAAAGCUAAUACUCGAAGAUUGUUCGAGUUUGUCUUCGGUUUCCCAUACCAUUGGACAUCUCAAUCAACUUCUUCUGAUAAAUCUGAAAGAUUGUAAAAGCCUUCGUAGCCUUCCGCGAAGCAUCUAUAAGUUAAAGUCACUCAAAACUCUCAUUCUUUCUGGAUGCUUAAUGAUUGACAAGUUGGAAGAGGACAUGGAACAGAUGGAAUCUUUGACAACCUUGAAGGCAGAAGACACUGCUAUAACACAAGUUCCGAAUGCACUAGUAAGAAUGAAAAAUAUUGGUUACAUAUCUUUGUGUGGCUUUGAAGGAUUGGUUCGGGAUGUUCUUCCAUCUAUCAUUUGGUCAUGGACCUAUCCAACAAAUAAUGUGUCAUCUCUGUUUCAAAAUACUCUCUAUCAUCUAUCAUCUAUGAUCAGCAAACUUCCAAAGCGUAGUAGUCUUUUGUUGGAAUCCGGUCUGCAACUUGAGAUACCUGAAGAUGUGGUCUUGAAAAGCUUAGAUGCUACAAAUUGCAAGAUAACUAAUCUUGAUGAAAAUGCUUCCGUCGAUGAUAUCACAGAAGAUGAGAAUGUGACUGUUUUGGAUUCUGAUGAUAUGGAGACCGAUAUGAAUGAAAAUGUUUCUGAUUUUGAAGAUAUGGCAGUUGACAGAAAUGCUGUUGUUUCUGAUAUGCUAACAGAUAAAAGCAUUGAUAUCAUUUCCAAUGGAGGUGAAAGUAGAAUUAGCAGAUUCUCCAGACUUCGUUCUCUUGUUCAUGUUCUUCUAAAGGCACGACUAUUUUGGUUUGGUUUUAUUGCUGUCCUAAUUUGGAUCACAUGCAGUUACUCUGAAAAUCAAGAAUGUUCAACCUCAUUUCAAGUAUGUCAGCACACACCCACUUUUAAGGAAGCAGAGGUAAUUCCCAAUAAGCAAGUAGUGAAGUUGUUAGAAGAGGAAAGUAAAAGAAAGAGUAAACUCUCAUAUAGUGGAAGAGUUGUGGAGCCUCCGCCGGAAAGUAAAAACAUCGAAGCAUCGGCAACCAUCGAGAACUCCAGGCCAAAGUCUAAAGGAGAUAUGCCUUUAGUUAAGACAUAUCCACCUGCAAUUGCUUCAUUAUCUAACUCUCAAGAGAUGUCAGACAAUUCAGAGUAUGAUAGCAAUACUCAAAAUCAAGAUGAACUGCUUCAGACUCUUUUUGCUUCAAAUCCUAAAGAUGAUGAACUUGCAUUGAUUGCUGAUCCUACAUCACUAAUCACCACUCAAGAAGACAAUGAUUUGCUUGCAGAACUAGAACAAAUCUUGUCAGAGAGCUAUGUCUUGUCCGCGAAUAAGGUCGCUUCUGCUACUUCUGUUUCAGAACUUCAAAGUCUUCCAUUGAUUGCAGUCAUUCAAAAAGUACAACUACUUUUGGAUAAUGAAGUAGAAGCUUUGGUAGCAGAUAAUGACAUUAGAAAACAGCUUCUUGACUACUUAGCUCAUCUGGUUCAAAUGAAUUCACAAGUCCCUACAAAUAUUCAGAAGUUGGUCAAGGAGAUUAAGGAAUUUUAUGAAGGUUUUCUUGGUAACUUUCCACCUAUUCAAGAAGUCUUGGACAAUCAUCAAAGGUUAAUUGACACUAAGAAUAGACUUGAGGGGGAGCUGGAAAUAGCCAAGGCAAAGCAGGCUCAUUUUUCUACUUCAAUUUCUAAAGGGAAAGUGAGGAUGAAUGAGAUGUCAAAAGAGAUCAAUGAGUUGGAGGUGAAACUGAAAGCCUUAUAUGACAAGAGAGACAAAUUAAAAUCCGCUGUGAAACUUUGUGAGGUUGAAACUAUAAACAUCAAUAGGAAAGCUGUCACUUGGGUGAAAGAAACUGAAGAGGUUGUGAGCACUCUUAAGGCUUCAGAGUCUGCCUUCAAAAAUGCUGAAUCUUCAAAACAUAAUUAUGAGAGGAAGCUAAGUGAAUUGAAGCGAGCUCUUGGCAAAAUUAAACAUUAGAAUAUUCUUCAUUGUGUAAUUAUUCCUUCAAAAAAGUUCUACAUCCAAGUC